AUGGUUGCAUGGAAUUCUAAUUUUAAAAAAAAAACAAUUAGAAUCAAGAAUCCGAUAAAAAGACAAAAAGGAAGUAAUAAAGAACAAAAAGAGAAUGCAUUUGUAGAUGAUGAAAUCAACAAGGAAACUGACGAUUCUCAAUAUGAUAAAACAAAAAAAAAUGAUGAUGAUGAUAAGGAUAAGUCAACUGAAGAUGAAUCAAGUUUUAUAUCACAAUUAUUUAAUGAUAAUUACAUAGAAAAUCUAUCUGGUUUUAUGAGCAGAUUGCUUAUGGAUAAAUUUUUAUCAGAAGAUGGUGUUGAUCUAAACAAUAUACAUAGAAAUUUAUCUAUUUCACCUUCAUCAAAUCAUUUAUAUAGUGAUAUAUAUCACAAAUAUUGUAUCUUGAAAAAAAACUGGAUUUGUGGUAAUUACAAAGAAACCUCCAUAAAAGGCAAAUUCAAUAAUUAUCCUCUGUGUCUUCAAAUGGAUGGAGAAAAAAUAAUCAUAAAUUCUGCUUUUAAUGAUAUAAGUAUUUAUGAAAUUGCAACAGGAAGAUUAAUUAGAACACUUGGUCUUAGUAAAACAAUUAAUUCAUUACAAUUUAUUGACAACACAUUGGUUUCUAAUUGUGUUGAUGACCAAAUGAUUCGUGUAUGGGAUAUAUUGGAGGGUAUUUGUACUCAUAUAUUCAUAGCUCAUACAAAGCCAAUUAGCUGCUUCCAAAUAGUGACACCACAAAAUAUAAAUCCAGAUCCACAAGGACCUCCUAUUAUAGAACCAGAUGUUACUUUACUUGUCACAGGUUCACAAGACACAACAUUGAAAGUAUGGCGUUUACCUAACCCUGUGAUUGAUCCUCCACAUGUGCUUGGCAUUGAUAAUAAUAAUCCAUUUUACCUCCAUACUCUUCAAGGUCACCAAGGCUCAAUUUGUGUUUUGGCAGCAUCAGGGAAUAAUUUAGUUAGUAGCAGUCAUGAUUACAGCAUUAGAGCCUGGAAUAUAGUAACUGGUGAAAAUAUUUGGUGUGCACAAGGACAUACAGAAGAAGUUUAUUCAAUUGUAUUAGACACUAGGAGGAAAAUAUGUAUCAGUAGAAGUGUAGAUGGAAUCAUAAAAUCUUGGAAUCUUGAAGAUGGCACCAAUAUCUGGACAUCAGGAGGAUCUUUGUGCCUUGAUCCUCAUAUUAUUAAACUUUAUCCCUUGAGUCUUUCCCAUGACAACCUUCUUUCAAUUUUUUCAAUUAGUGGACUUGACAUAUUGGACCUUAAAAAUGGAUCUUCUUCUAGACAUGUGUUACCAACAGAUGAUACUAUAAGUAUGGGUCCAAUAAGAUCCUUCCAUAUUGACUCAUGGAAAAUCUUAUUGGGGUCAAAUGUAUUACAAAUGUGUGAUAUAGGAUCACUGAAGAAGAUAAAUAAUUUAAGUGCAGGAACAUUUGGGAUAUGGUAUUAUUGUCAAUUAUAA